GUAUUUGUUUCACAUGGUUUGUUAGCUUCAUACUAUUCACUAGAGAAGAAAGUCGCACACCCACACACACACCCACACAAACACAUAAAGACAAAACUCACUCCUUGGAUUAUUCUUCCUGGAUUAUGAACUAAAGGAUGGACAUGAAGAAGCUCCACUUUCCUCUGUUUGUGCUGCUGUGCCUCUGCACAGCUUUGCACUACACUGUGCAGCUGGACAGCAGUGCUUUCCUCAUCUUCAACGAGGCUCACAACAAAUGUGUGAAGGUGGUAGAUCCCAACGCGGUACAGGUCGGUGACUGUGACUUGUCUUCAGACACACAGCGUUUCCGAUGGAUUUCCUCUUCUCGGAUCCUAAGCAUCUCCCACAAGCUGUGCCUCAGUGCUCAGGACCUUAAAGAAUGGGUUCGAGUUGUUCUGGUCCCCUGCAAUGAGCUCAGUCCUAUGCAGACAUGGGAGUGCAAGAAUGAGACUCUGUUUGGUAUAAAGGGCCAACCGUUGCAUCUGAAUUACGGCAAUCGCCAUGAGCCCAACGUACUGCUGUACACGGGGACAGGUUCCUGGAGCCGCUGGCAGAUAUACGGCAAUAAGCAAGACCUGUGCUCUCACGGCUAUGAAGAGACAUUCACAAUUGGUGGCAAUGCUCUGGGAAUCCCCUGUCAGUUUCCCUUUAAGUAUGGUGAGAAGUGGUACGCUGAGUGCACCCUUGAUGGCCGAUCAGAUGGACAGAUUUGGUGCGCCACAGUCACUGACUACAACAAUGACAAGAAAUGGGGUUUCUGUCCAACAAGAUCAUCAUCAGGUUGGGACACCGAUCCAGUAACAGGUGUGUUAUACCAGAGGAACACUCAAUCAGUUCUGACCUGGCAUCAAGCCCGCAAAAGCUGCCUGCAGCAAGAUGCUGAUCUACUCAGCAUCAUGGAGCUCCAUGAGCAAACAUACAUAUCAGGAUUAACUAAUAUACUUAGCUCAUCGCUUUGGAUUGGACUGAAUAGUCUGGAUUUUGAAAGUGGCUGGCAAUGGAGCAAUGGAAAUCCCUUUAGAUAUCUGAACUGGGCUCCAGGUCAACCCUUACUGGAGCCUGGCAUGAACUGUGCAGCACUUAAUGCUGGGAAAGCAUCGAAAUGGGAGAGUAUGGCCUGCAGUAGUAAACUGGGAUACAUCUGCCGCAAAGGAAACUCCACUACCAUUACACCUUCAGUGGGUAAAGACGAGCCCAGUUUCUGUCCAUCCAACUGGGUGCCAUAUUCUGGUCACUGCUACUCUCUCUCCCGUACUAAGAUGAUGUGGAAAGAUGCGCUGACUGCCUGCCGCAAAGAAGAAGCCGACCUGACCAGUAUUCACAAUAUAGAAGAGCACAGCUUUAUUAUAUCACAGAGUGGAUACUUGCCCACCGAUGAAUUAUGGAUAGGUCUAAAUGAUCAGAAGACUCAGAACCUGUUUGAAUGGUCAGACAGAACCCAUGUCACCUUUACCAAGUGGCUUGUAGGAGAACCUACACACACAGAUUUCCUCAGAGAAGACUGUGUUCUCAUGAAAGGAAAGGAUGGGAAAUGGGCUGAUAACAUGUGUGAAAAGAAGUAUAGCUACAUGUGUAAGAAGAAAGCCUCCACUAAACCUGCAGGAUCAUCUGAGGUGAUCAGUCCUGGAUGUCCUGCUGGUUGGAUCCGGUUCAGCUCCCACUGCUAUAGCAUUGCUGUAGAGGCCAAAACCUUCGAUGAAGCACAAACAGCAUGUGGACAAACUGCAGCAAACCUAGUACAAGUUACAGACAGGUAUGAGAAUGCAUUUCUCAUCAGCCAGGUUGGCUUGCGGCCUGAAAAAUAUUUCUGGAUUGGUCUUUCCAAUACAGAACGGAUAGAUCGCUUUCAGUGGACAAAUAAGCAAACUGUCAAAUUUACACACUUUAAUGUAGGAAUGCCAGCUAGAAACCAAGGCUGUGUUGCCAUGCGAACUGGGACUUCAGCAGGAUUAUGGGAUGUAAUCAAAUGUGACAGUAAAGAGAAGUACAUCUGCAAGAAAAUAGCUGAGGGUGUUACUACAACCAAAGAGCCUCCUGCAACACAACCUCUAAGUUGCCCCUCUAAAUGGAUAAAAAAAGACACUGGCAGCUGCAUUCAGGUAUUUAGAAAUGGAAAAGACGAUAAGAAAACCUGGUUGGAAGCACGUGAUUUCUGCAGAGCCAUUGGUGGUGAUCUUGCCAGCUUUCACUCUGAAGCUGAAACCAACAGUUUACCGUACGGUGGGGGAAGUGACUCAGCAUGGAUUGGCUUUAAUAUGCUGGAUGAUAAUGCUGGCUUUGUAUGGUCAGAUGAAACUUCAUCAAACUACGAGAACUGGGCAUAUGGGGAGCCCAAUAAUUACAAUUCUAAUGAGCAUUGUGCAGAAGCCAGCUUCUACUAUGGCCAUAGGUGGAAUGAUAGGGAUUGUGAAGCCUACAAUGAUUGGAUCUGUCAGAUACAACUGGGUACAACUCCAAAACCUCCACCUACAAGCAGCCCUCAAGUACAGGUUAACAUUACAGAUGAUGGCUGGAUUCAGUUCAAUGGUAGUCAGUACUACAUUAAUAAUGAUCGCCUGGAUAUGGAAUCCGCUCGGGCGUUUUGUAAGAAGAACCAUUCUGACCUUGUUGUCAUUACCGGUCAAUCCGAGAGGAAGUUUCUAUAUAAACAGAUUUCAAGAGGCACAGAGGAUCAGUACUACAUUGGAAUGACAGUGGCAUUGGAUAAAUCCUUCAGUUGGGUGGAUGGUUCCCCGGUUGUCUAUACAGCAUGGAACCAGAAUGAACCAAACUUUGCCAAUAACGAUGAAAACUGUGUUACAAUUUACAAGAGUAUGGGAUUCUGGAAUGAUAUCAACUGUGGAGUACAGUUAGCCUCUAUCUGUAAAAGAAGCAAUAACUUCGUCGCCAACACAGUGGCUCCUACCACUGUCCCAAAGGGAGGCUGUAGUUCUGACUGGACUGCCUUUCAGGGAAAAUGUUAUAAAUUUGUAGGGAAAGAUAGUAGCGAAGAGAAAACGUGGCAUGAUGCUCGACAAUACUGCAUUUUCCAAGGAGGCAACUUAGUGUCCAUUCUGACUCAACCGGAGCAGGCAUUUCUCACCACUAUGAUGCUCAAUGCACGUGAUGACAUGUGGAUUGGCUUGAAUGAUGUCAACUGGGAGAUGCGCUUCCUCUGGACAGAUGGGAAAGGUGUCCGGUACACCAACUGGGCUAAAGGUUUUCCAGUAUCAUUUCCAGAUGGACGCAGAACAUAUGGAUCAGAUGCUCACAUCUUAAGGUGGAAUUAUGACUUUCAAGAAGAAAACCAGUUUGACUGUGUCAUUAUGGUGAAGACGCCAGAAAGGAUUACUGGCAUGUGGAAGGUUGAGGACUGUGAAGAGAAACGAGGAUUUGUCUGCAAGAGGAAUAUUGAUUCUCAGAUCCAAGUUCCUCCGACAACAGUGCCACCAGCAUCAUAUUUUAAACUAGGAAAUGAUUCAUAUAAAGCACAGACUGAGAAGAUGAGCUGGGAUGAAGCAAGGAGGCAGUGCAAAGCAGAUGAUGCUGAUUUAGCUAGUGUGUUAGACUCUGUCACUCAGGCAUUCAUCACCCUCAGGAUUUCCAGACUGAAAGAACCGAUGUGGAUUGGCCUAAACAGCAAUGUGACCGGUGGACGAUACCGCUGGGUGGAUAACUGGUUACUGCGCUACACCAAAUGGGCUUUAGGGGAACCACUGAGAAACCAGGGCUGUGUAUACAUUGACACAGAUGGAACAUGGAAAACAUCAGAAUGCAGCAAAAGCUACUACUCUCUCUGCAAACGCUCACCAAUUAUUGCCCCAACUGAUCCCCCUCAGCUCCCAGGACGCUGCCCAGAACCAAGGAAAUUCAAGGUCUGGGUUCCUUUCCGAGGACAUUGUUAUACUUUUGUAGCAUCAAGGAAUGAGAACUGGGCCCAUGCAUCAGUGGAGUGUAUGAGAAUGGGUGCAUCACUGGUGAGUAUAGAGGAUGCACUGGAGUCCACCUUUAUCCGCCAGAAUACUGAGAUUCUGCACGAUGAAGCCAAAUCUUUCUGGAUUGGCCUCCACCGCAGCUACACAGGUGAGUGGAUGUGGAUUGAUAACACUGUGGUGGACUACAUUAACUGGACACCACGGUCACCCGGUACCAUCGGCGACUGUGUGGAGAUUAAAUCAGAAAGCGGCUUGUGGAUGAACUCUCACUGUAGCAGCUAUAGAGGCUAUAUCUGCAAGACCCCUAAAAUUAUACCACCAACCGAGAAACAGCCGGCAGUGCUGCCAAUUGUGGAUAAGGCAUCUCAUAGCUACACUGGUAUCGCUGUAGCAGUUGUGUUGGUGAUAAUUGCUCUCGCAGGACUGGGUGCAUUCCUCUUCUAUAAAAGACCAACUAUCCCAGUAGUUGGAGAGUGUACAUUUGAUAACACACUCUACUUUAACAACCCUACACGAGCUACUGCUACAGUAGACACCAAGGGACUGGUUACCAACAUGGAACAAAAUGAGCAUGCAUAACACACACACACACACACACACAAUUGCACAGUGUUACAAUACAUUUCUACAUUAAUGGGUUUUUUUUAAAUAAUCAAUAUGUAUAGAUGAUUUUUGUACAUCAACAUGUCUGUUUGAUUGUAGGAAGAUAUCUGCUCACUAUUUAGUAGAGUAACAUACAAAACAUGCUGACUACUGACUGCUUAACAUGAGACAAUGAACUCACAUGUUGCUUAUUUACAUCCUAUAGUGCUUUCUUUAAUCCUAAAAAUGUUCAAAUUGAUAUAGGGACAAUGUACAUUUUCAUACACUGUAUACAACCAUAUUUUUUAUUCUUAGAACUACUGUGCUAUUGACAUUCUGUAUUUUCAUUUUGGUUUAUUGUAAAUAAAUGUUUAAAGACCUGAAAAGAAAUGAGGCAUGAAAUCUAUGUAUGUUUUUAAAGAGGUUCUAGAUAUUUUUCUUCAGCUUUAUGAAAUGUAAAGCACUUAUCUGAUGAGUUUUUUUUUUAUUGCUAACCUGCAUUGUUCCAAACUUGUUCCACAUUGUUUCAUUGCCUUCACACAAAAUGCAUGCAAAUCUAUGAACUCUUUUGUCAUUCAUACACCACCACCUGCACAACUCUGUGUAUCUGCAGCACAGGCUAAUGCACUGCUAAAAAAACACCUUCGAAUCAGAAUGAUGGUGAAUUUUGUGCAGAUCGUUUACCAUACUGAAAUAUAUAGAAAAAUCAGAAUAUUUACAAUUAAAAAAAAAUAAUUUUUCUUAACACAGCUUUUCAGUUUCAGCUGAAAGCCUACCAAUGUGUUCUGUUUUCAGUCUUGUUACUUAUCUUUUAGUAAAAAGGGCUUCUGAAUGAUUUUGUUUAGAAACAUGGAUGAAAGAAGACAGGUUUGUAUGGAAAGAUGACUGGCAGAGUGAGGAAGAAUUAUAUAUUUCUAUAAUGAACCAAAGUGUAGCAUUUCUGAUUCUUUCAUGUUACAAUAUAUAUAUAUAUAUAUAUAAUGUGUAUAUAUAUAUGCUUUAUUACAGUCAGUAAUGAGGUGUUACCUCAUGAGUGAAAUCUAGAAAGGUGAAAUAUUGAUUUAUGUGAAAAAUUCCAAGAACUCAAAUGUUCAUGAUUUAUGUAAAGCUCCCUGUUGUUUUUUUAGUUCAGUGUGUUGUGUGACUGUGUAUGCUUUUUGAGUGAGAAUUGUUGCCGUAAGAUUGAAUAAACUUAAAUUGGGGCA